AUGUCAUUUCAGCUGGAGACAAACCUCGCACGUGCAAUUCACAUGCAGCAACUCGCUACCGGCGCAACCCGUAACAGUAUUCGUGAUACUACCGUGGCCGCACUGCGACUUAUUCAGCAGCGAUUUCAGCGUGGGGACUAUGAGCUUCCCAGAGCAACGAGAACCUUCGAGCGACAGCUGACCCUGGCAAUUCUCAUGGAACAAGACACCAGAAACCUCGGCCUCAAUGCGCUGAUUAUACGUACAACGACCGCUUGGGGUCGCAUCUCUGGUAGCCUCGAGCAGGGCCUCUCCCCCUUUCCUGAGCCUUACCAUUUCAUUGCCGACGACGGAGAUGAAGAUGUCUCAAUUGAGGAGCGUCUUCGCAGAAUGGGACUCGAUCCCAACAACUUCGACCUUACCGGCAUUCGCUCUGACGCCCCGUGCAGCUCUAACAACAGCAACAACGUUGCCACGGCCCAGCCUCAGACUGACAUGAGUUUAUCAUCGACAGGCAAAGCUGCCGUGACUGGGAAGCCCCGGGGCCGAAAGCGCGGCAAAGAUAUGUACGGGUGUGAUGUUUGCAAUCAGGCGAAGAGGUACACCUCUGCGUGCACUCUCUACAGACACAAGAAGAGUAAGCACGGCAUUCCCACACCAGGGGAUGUCCGCAAGGAGAGGAAGUUGGCUGCAGAGGCGGCUCUUGCAGCUCAGGACAAUGCCGAACAGGGUGAUGGUGGCGAAGAGGAUGAAGACGCAGAGGCGAUUGAGGAGGUUGAUGAGACUAUGAGCGGGGAUACCGGAGACGAGAGGGACUUGGAGUGA